AUGCACAACCCUGACCAGUGUGAACAGAUCAGGACCUGCUCCAUACAUGAGCAAUGUUACAUAGGAGAGAGAAUCAGUGGCCUAUCGGGUUCUCGUAUAUGGACAAGUCGGUGUGGACACGAAACAGUGGACUGCCAAGUACCCGUUGUUCCCGUCGAUAGUGUGGUUGGUAAAAGGCAGUCCUCAAUCUGUCACAAGUGUUGUAAAGAUAACCUCUGUAACAACAACUGUGCUUCGCCAGUGAAGAAGCCAGUCAUCAUCUAUGUAACUAGACCACGUGAUGUUAGUAAAGGAGCUUACCUACAUCUCACGUGUAGGGCGAGUGGAAACCCAACUCCAAUUAUCUCGUGGAGUUUUCUAUCAAUAUCCAAUACACUACCAACUAAUGUCAAGGUAUCAAACCAUGGCGCCGAUAUCCUUAUAAAUCAAGUGACUGAUCAAAACUAUGGUGACUACGCUUGUAAAGCCCAAAACUCACAAGGAGAAGACGUACGAUAUAUUCAAGUUUUGGAGCAUGGACCAAAUGGCCAAUGA